UCAGUCUGUGACCGUCGCCGUACUUGAGUGCACGCGAGGUGUCGUCCGCGGGCGCGGCGCGAAGUCUACGAAACUUAUCACAUAACCUAUCUAAUUAUUUAUUUAGAUUUGAUUAGCAGUGGAUAACUGUUUGUGACGAGUGUUUCUAACGGUGUUUGACGAUUUUAAUUUUAUCGGAUUAUUAUUUCAGGUAUCCGAUAUCGGAGGCAGUGGUAAGGGAUUUCCGACUUUAAGUGCACAGCAGUAAGGUGGAUGGUAUAUGAUGUUGUGUCACAGACUGCGAUCCCAGAGCGCGGCGACAACUUAAACUGUGAAGAUGGUUAAACCGCAUCGAGUGUUGGUAAACGCAGUCGUGAUCCUGUUCUGCAUUCAAACAAAUUCACAUGCGAAGAAAUCGCCGAAACACCAAUGUCCUAUAGGGUUCAAAAUCGCUUACUCGAACGAAAAAGAAGACCCAAUAUGCUAUCGCUUAAAAGGGCCGGAAUCCUUCAGCGACAGCUUAGAAGACUGCACAGGGAACCUUUACACCUCAAAACUUUACUACAAUUAUAACAUUACGAAGUCAGACGAAGUGUUAUGGACGGAGUAUAGGAGUUUGUACCCUGGAGGUCCAUUCGCAGAUUGGUCGUACUCUGAUCCCACUGGAGAUUUACUAUCGACAUCAUUCGAAGUAAGCCACGACAAAUAUUCGACCAUAGAUGAAUAUUUGUGUAUCGUGAUCGAUCCGGUUUCGAAUUUCACUGCUGUCAGUUGUGAGGAGAGAAAUUAUAGGUACUGCGUCGUAAAGCCUUAUUCUGACACAGGCAAUACUGAAGGUUGUGAGAAAUUCAAAGAUUCCCUGAGGUUUUCUAGUCCAUGGCCCACUUGUGUGGUUGCCGUGUCGGCUGUAGGAGGCGGUGCAGUCCGAGCAACUUGGAGCCAAGCGGAAGAGUUAUGCGAGAAGAGGGGCGGUUACCUCCUGAAUAAAGGAUGGAGGUACUCGAACAACCCGUUCUUUGCUACCUCAGGGUCAUACCCAAUGUAUCCUAUGAACAUAGUGUGGUUAGGAGAACAUACUGUGUUGAGCCACGAGCCUCAAGGAACUACUAUAUUGGAGGAAUCUGAUUGGAACUUCGCAGACACCGACUUCUCAAGUGACACGACUCUGGGCGCAGUUCAGGAUAACUUUUGGGUUCUGGUUAACAAGUCCUACAUCUUCUACGACGUGCUGUGCGAAAGGCCUAUCGAGUUGAAACAUGUCACUUUAACCGUUAGUGUUGAUACCGAAAACAAAAUAAUUCUAUCCGUUAACCAACCAGUGGACGAAAGCGAAGUAUUCUGUUUCACAGAAUCUGUCUACUAUCCAAAAUCCGUCAAAAUAACGUACGACGAGACUUCUGGAGUCUACGUAUUGAAACCAAAAGACGAUGGGUACUACUGGUGCACUCAUAUCGACAAAAAGAACUUCGCCGUCGCAGAAUCGAAUAUGCAACUCUUCAUCAGGGAGAAACAAUCACUCGCCAACGUAUAUGCAGUGAAAAUUCGCUUGAAGGAUAAAUACAAAUUGGAGAGCAUUGAGAAAUUCCACAAAUUAUGGCAGAAUAAGCUGUCUGAAUACAUCUUCUAUUUAACAAGAUUUUCGAAGGAGCACAGAAUUCGUUUCCCGGAUAAAGCCUUACAGAACUUGACGGAUAUUGAGAAGGAAAUCAAAAUAUAUAAGGCUGAAGUACCCGUGGAUUGGAAAGAUAAAGAUAUCAUAAGGAACAGGAAGGUUAAGAGGAUGUAUUUGGAUGCGAAGACAGCGCUGGUCCAUAUAGAAGUCAAUCCAGAUAUGAGGGCGGUGCCGCCUGGAAGCUGGGAUGGUCUGCAAGUGCUGUUUAUGAGGCCAGUGUACUACUGCCCAGCACUGGACACCGUCGCCGCCACACCGUUAGGGUUGUCAGUUGUAACUGCCUCGUGCCAGAACUACAGUUGUAUAGGCGACUUCAACGAAGGAGUUCAAUGGAUUACCAGCGGUGUUGAGGGGUGCAGACCAUCGUCUCCUCAGCCAGUUACUGGCUCCAUUAGCGUUUACGAUGACGUCACCAUGAUCAUACCCACCAUAGGGACUAUGGUGAUACCGCCCUGGGAAAUCGACCGACGUGAUAAAGAAGUGAGUUCGGAAGAGAAAGUUGAACUACCAGCACCCGUUUCUCCUUUUACUGAUCGGCCUUUCGCUAACAGUACAGACAAUGUCACAACGAGCUUUCCGACUACCAUUAAUAACUUACAGACUACGGAAGAUAGCUUUUCAAAUAGUACUGAAUCGGGAGAGGUGGAAUAUACAAGAUGGCCUUGGCCGCCACCGCGCCCUCCCUCGACAACAGACGAGCCUAUGGUGUCAACAGUAGUGCCUAUAUUUAGCACUACACAGCCACCUCCAAAACCUAGGCCGCCGCCUCAAGAACAGCUCGACCAAGUGAUGCAAGACUUGGAGUCAUUGCUAAAUAAUCACACGGAAACUGUAUCCCUGGACUCUAUCAGCGGGGCUUUCAAUCAGGUGGACGAACUUCUAGCAGACACAGAAGACUUAGAAAUUCCUGGACAACUCCUCCAUUUGCUAGACGAUAUAGGAGCGCGCAUGGAUCUCGCUGGUUCAACCGAUGUGGCUGCGGUGAGGGAGAAUAUAGCUCUGCUGGUAGCGGAUGCCCGGGCUCAAAUGCCGGUCAAGGGCCUCAGGAUAUCCACCAGAGAAACUGAUGUCUUCACUGAGAAUGCUUUUGAAAUUAUGCGAGAUCCAGUAAACUCUACCCACUUACAAAGUGGAGAUAGUGAGGUGGUGGUGCAGUUACCCACGUCGGUGGCGACGUCCGAACGUCGCAUCAGCUUCGUGGUGUUCAGGACCGACCGCGCCUUCCAGAACAACGUCAGCCAUUAUACAGUCAACAGUCGAGUGCUCAGCAUCAACGUGGAGAAUCUUACGGAAUUUGAUCAGGGAGAUGUAAUAGACAUCCAUUUAACCCCAAUGAGAGGCGAUAUAGAACGCAACCAGAGCCGAGCUUGCGCGUUCUGGCACUUCCUAGAAGAUGGGACUGGCUACUGGUCCCAAGAAGGCUGUACUUUCAUCCCGUCAAAUGAAGAGGGUGUCCUAGACACCUGUCGCUGCGAUCAUCUCACACAUUUUGCCGAGAUUCUAAUUCCCAGGACCUCUUUCUCUGAUGGCCACGAAACCGCCCUAGAAAUUAUAUCGAUCGUAGGAUGUAUCAUGUCUAUCAUAGGCCUUAUAAUGGUUGGAUUAACAGCAAUAUUAUUCAGGGCCUGGAGAAGAGACUUCAGCAACAAAAUCUGGUUACAGUUAUGCAUAGCCGUAUUUAUAUUGGUCACUUGCUUCCUCAUUGUAGUCUUCGCAAAUUUCGAAGAGUUAAGCAUCUCGUGUAUGCUCGUCGGUGUUCUACUUCAUUAUUCGACUCUGGCGUCUUUCUGUUGGAUGCUAGUUGCAGCUAUUAUCUCAUACAGACGACUCGUAAUGGUGUUUACAAGGGACACGUCGCAUAAACUGCUUAAAGCAUCAGCUUUUUCAUGGGGAGCUCCGUGUGCUGUAGUGGGAGUUCUGCUCUCAGUCGCCCCGCGUUCCUAUGCGGGCCAAUUUGAGGGCGAGGUGCCCAGUGGAGCUUUCUGCUAUCCUUCGGGACUUGCUCUAUGGCUGGCUGUGUACGCGCCCAUCGCGUUAAUGCUGGCCGCAAACUGGACGCUAUUCGCUUUGAUAGUUCGUUCCGUGUUUGCAUCUAGAAGGAUCCAGCGGCACGGCGACACUAACGAGGCGCUGCGCUGUGCUUCUGUCAGCUGCCUUCUGGUCUUCUUGUUCGGUUUGCCGUGGAUAUUCGGACUUUUCGUCUCGACUAACAUUGUCACGGUAUAUCUUUUCACGUUAACCGCUACCUUUCAAGGGUUUGUUCUUUUCGUGUUCUUCGUGCUCGGUAAUAAGAAGACUAGAGAGUUAUGGCUGAAUAAACUGAAGAUUAGACAAACUAGGAAGGUGCCUGUCACUUCUUCAACUUAUACCAACAGAAGUACUGGUAACCCAGGUUGGAGAGGGGCAAGUGCUGGGCCAGCCGCGAUGGAGGCCAAGUCUGCGAAGCCAAGGUCUUUAGCUUCGUCUGAUGAUUCUAGAUUUUCUUGACAAGCAGAGAAGCCGAGAAGAACUUGGUAUAUAGGCAUUUAUGAGUCUUUUCAAUUGUAAAAUCUUGCCAGGGACAAGUGGGUAUCACCAGUAUUCAUUUGUAGAGGUUUUUGACUUUGUGCGGUUUAUUCCACGGCUUCCAUCAAAUGAAUAGUUAUUAUUUUCUCUGGUAUACAUGUUCCCAUGAAUUCCCGAUUGUGUCCUGGUGACGUCAUAUCUAGUCCUUCUUCCACUUGUACGUCGUUUUCCUAAUUGUGUUCACUCUGUACUGAUCGGUUCCAAAAAUAAAGUUACUUGUUAGUUAUGUUUAAGAAUUAUACACAAGUUUUCGACUUUAUUGUAUUUUUGGGAUGUUUGAAAAACUAUUAUUUUACUUUUCUACACAACAAAGCUAUGCAGUUAUUAUAUUUAAGGUCAAUAAAAAAAUAAUGUGUGAUUAACUUCUUCAUUAUUUUAUCUUUCCGAGUCAAAUAUUUGACAUGAAAAGGAAGGUGACAAAACGGUGGUAAGUUAAUUACUAAUUAGUAACCUUUAUUGAUAAUGUUUGUACAUAUAAGACUUCGAUAUAAGCAUCAAACCUAGCUACAUAUAGUAGGUUAAGCAGAAUGACGUAUACUUUUGAUACUACUUAGAAAUUGCCCAAAAGUGGAGGCUUUAAAAACUAACCCCCUUAUUCAUAGACGUUGUUUAUCUAAGGACGGAGCAAUGCUGUGAUAACAAGUCUGUUUCUCAGAGCUGACGGCAUGGUAGUCUUCGCAGUGCGUAGACAUAGGGCCGUUGUGAUUGGCUAAUAUUGAGAUAUAUCUUGAAUCUAGUUGGAUGUCAGAUAAACAAAGCUGAACAUACAGCAAGCUGUCAGAUAAACAAAGCUGGGAAACAGACUUGUUAUCAUAGCAAUGCUCCGGUCUUUAGAUAAAUAACAUUUAUGAAUAAGAGGGUUAAUCUUCAUUAUAUAUCAAUAUAAAAUGUUAGUAUUAUUGCAAAUUAUAAAGUAAUAAUUCGAAAUGCCUUAUUCUUCUUGGAUUUUUAUAAUUCAAAGUAAGUACAUAAAAGUAUUGAUAACUUAUCCUACUUUAAGACACGUUUAUCUAGUCUAAGUAAAGCCAGAUUUUAAGCCUUCAUUAAUGCUAAAAUUAGAACUAUCAAAGAGAGUUACCAAAUAUAAAUUUUAAGUUGGGAUCAAUACUAAAUGAAAGCAAAAAAGAGCCCACCGAGACUUGGCUAUACAUAAUAUUAAAAAUGAUUUAGUAUUGAUUUCAAUUGUGUUCCUUGUAUAUAAACUUAGAUGUAACUGUAAAAAUAUAUUUACGAGUACGUAAAUCGCAUGCACAAGCAGCAGUCUUAUAUAAAAUGGCUAUUUUAGGCAAAAUGUUGCGUUAAAAUACGAGUUUUGCGCGUAGAUUCAUUCAUUCAUUUAAAUUUUGCGAAAGAAUAAUAUAUCAAACGUAUAUUUUAUUAAAAUUAAUGUAUUUUUGGUAGAUGAAACCAAUGUGCGCCAAUGUGCGUUGCAUUGACUUAUAUUUUGUGAAAUGUUUUGAAAUUAAAACGGUUACCUUUAUUUAGUAGUUUGUUUUUACGUAAAUGUGUCUAAUGACUUAAGUACAUAACCUACAUAAUUUUUAUUAUGGUGUUAUAGACCUGCUAAUUAUAUAUAUAAUGAAGUACUUUUGUAAAUUUUUCCACAAAUAUCAUUAUUAUAUAUGUUUCGAUUGAUAUAUCUAAAGGUAACAUUUUGUUUGACUUUGAUUACAUCUAAUUGAUCAAUGUUAUUUUUCAAAGUAUUAUAAACACAGAGGCAUUUAUUAUAAUGUGUUUACUAUUAAGUUACAAAAUAUGUCAUAUAAAUAUUAUAUGUAAAGUA